AUGAUCAUCAUUGGAAUCGGUUUAAGAUACAAAUCAUCAAUCGAUCAACCCACUUUGAAAACUUUCUACAAUCCUACUACUUCUUGUAAAAUCUUGAAAUAUUCAUCUGAUCAUCAUCAUCCUUCCAAUACGAAUGAAUUGAAAUAUUGUGAAGAUUUAAUUCAUUGGGAGAUUGGAAAUCUUUUAAUCGUAAGUUGUGAUGGAGGUAGAAAAGAUUGGAAUACGGUCAUGGGACCAUUAAGAAAUCCGAAUCCAAGAGGCAAACUUUACAUUCAUCAUCUAGACCGACCAUCUUCAAGUAGUACAACCAAUGAAUCCAAAGAUAAUUUAUAUUCACUUCAAUUAAUUGGAUUUCCAAUCGAAUCUGAUUUCCAUCCACUUGGCAUUGAACUUUAUCCUCAAGAUCAAUUUACUGCACGACUCUUUGUAGUGAAUCAUAGACGAGAUCGAAGUGUGAUUGAAGUUUUUCAAAUCAGAACACCCAAAGAAAAUGAAAUCCAAGUUCAAGUCAAAUGGCUUUUUACUCUAACUGAUCCAUUACUCAACACUCCUAAUUCGAUCCUAGCAUUCAAUUCGAAUUCUUUAUUAGUCACUAAUGAUCAUUUCAUCAAUCGUCGUCAGUAUGGUGCAUUGGGUGCAAUCCUUCAUAGUAUUGAAACGAUAUUCCGAUUACCAGGUGGGAAUGUGAUUUCAUUAGAAUUUGAAGACUUUGGUCAAGAAUCAGCUCAAGUGAAGAUCCAUCACCUCACUUUUCCCAAUGGAAUCGCCAUGACCCAAGACCGUUCGAUGUUGAUCAUCGCCACUUCUACUCCCAUGAAACUCUUAUCAUACCAAAUCCAUCACCCUGAUUCGAAUCUCAAUCCAAUCAACUUCAGUUUCCUAGACUCACGUCAAUUGAACUUUGGACCUGAUAACCUAUCCAUCGACGCUCAAGACCGAUUAAUCAUCUCAGGUCAUCCAAACGCACCCAAGAUCUUCCUAUGGGUCUUUAACUCGAAUCUCUUUCCUCCUCCUGGUAGUUUGAUCUCUUUACUAAACCUUCAAAACGGAUUCCAAAGUGAACUUGAAGAUUUGUUUCAAGACGAUGGUGAAUUCUUUAUGACUUCGAGUACUGGAUUGAUCAUAAAAGAUCAACUUGAGAAUAAAAUGAAACUGUUGGCUAGUGGGUUGUAUCAGAUUGGUUUAUUAGAAUGUGUGAAUUGA